AAUAUAUUUUCAAAAAAAAAACAAAUUAAAAUAUAAUAGUUUUAUUUAUAAUGAAUUUUAUUCUAACAUUUAGUUUUAUAGUAAUUAAUUUUUACUAUACUAGUGGUGAUAAAUGUUUGGCCGGUUGGGAUACAUAUGAUGAUCAACUAAAGUGUAUCAAAAUAAUAGACGAUUCAUUUGAUACAUAUGGCAAUGCUGUUGAUAUGUGUGCAAAGCUGGCUCCGGGAUCAACACUGUUGACGAUACACUCACAAUUGGAACAGGAUCAUUUUACUGACUAUCUAUACGUCCAACAUAAACUAGUUGAUUCAAUAUGGUUGGGUGCUAAAGUCAAACAAACAAUAAUGACCUGGAUGGAUAAUACUAAUGUUACCUAUUCAAAUUGGGCAACUGGUCGACCACAAAACAUCAGUGAUGUUGAAUGUGUUGAAAUGCAAUCGGAACCGACAUCCCUGGGUAAAUGGUUGGACAUUGCAUGCAAUAAACGUAACCAGGUUGUUUGCCAGUCGAUGCAAUCGAUGCCCGUAAGUGAUCUGGAAAAGUUGAUAUUAGAAACUAGAAAAUAUGCUCAAGAUCAAAUUAAAUUACUAAAAGAUGAAAAUUCUAGACAACAAGAUGAGCUAGAUAAAUUGAAGUCAAAUCCCGUACCCGCGGGAUUUAUAUAUACCCAGCUAGCUGGUCAACCCGAACCCAGCGAAUUGUGGCCAGGAGUUAAAUGGCAAGAUGUUACCUCCGAUUAUUCGGGUCUGUUUUUCCGGGCCGAAGGUUCGGGUUCCGAACCGUUUGGUCAGAUUCAGGCGGCUAACUGGUCCCGAUUGGCUGCUGUUAAUACACAUAAAUGGGCAAUUAGUGAUCCAACUGAUACUGUAUAUGAGUUUACCAAUUUAGAAAAUAUAGGUUGGAGCGAUGAUAUUAUUAAUGGUAAUUUUCCGAAUGAAAUGUAUCUAUAUUUUACUUCAACGGAUAAUAGGCCCCGAAAUCAAGCCAUCAGACUAUUUAAACGCAUUUGA